AAAAAAAAGAAAAGAAGAAAACAAACUGAACAAUUAAAAAUAAUGUGCAGCAACGAAAGUCCACCGCCAGCUAAGGAACCAUUGGCCGUUGGAUUGGGUAAUCCAAUGGCCGGUUUCUUACCAGGGUUGGAACAUUAUCGUCUUCAACUUUAUCAUUAUGCCAUGGCCGAGAGAUUACGUUUGGCCCAACAAUUACAUCCUCAACAUCCUGGUGUCGGUCAUCCACCGUCGGGUUCACCGGGACAUCUUGGAAUGGGCGCCGCUUUUCCCGCACCAUUGCCAUUGUAUCCAGCUGCAGCGGCUGGAUAUCCAAGUCGAUUGGCAUUGUCAAUGGCAUUACUUCAUCCCCAUCAUCAGAGAAUACCGGAGGAACCGAAACCCCAACACAGUUAUAUCGGUUUAAUAGCUAUGGCUAUAUUGUCAUCGCCGGAAAAAAAAUUGGUCCUUUCGGAUAUCUAUCAGCAUAUACUUGAACAUUAUCCAUAUUUUCGUACCCGCGGUCCAGGCUGGAGAAAUUCUAUAAGACAUAAUCUCUCGUUGAACGAUUGUUUCGUUAAAUCGGGUAGAAGUGCCAACGGGAAGGGUCAUUAUUGGGCCAUUCAUCCGGCAAAUCUCGAGGAUUUUAGACGCGGUGAUUUUCGUAGACGUAAAGCCCAAAGAAAGGUACGAAGGCAUAUGGGUUUAGCCGUUGACGAGGAACCUGACAGUCCUAGUCCACCACCAUUGCCAGCUACACCACCACCUUCCGCAUCGGCGUUAGUUGGUCCAACCGUUGCUUCUCAACAGAUCACGGGAAUUUGGACGAGUCCUGCGCCACCGCCGCCCCCUCCACCUCCGCAUUCUCAUCAUCAUCAUCACCAUCAUCAUCAUCAUCAUCAUCAACAGCAACAGCAGCAACAACAACAACAACAACAACAACAGCAACAACAGCAACAGCAACAACAACAGCAACAACAGCAACAACAGCAACAACAUACUUUUCAAAAUCGUUCGAUCAGACAAUCGUCGUCUCUUCAACCAUCGAGAAAACGACAGUUCGACGUAGCUUCUUUAUUGGCGCCGGACGAUCAACAUCACAUCGAGUCGGAUUUAAGAUCGAACAAAUCAAGAAGAUUCAGUUGCAGCGAGGAAGACGAAUUACAUGAUCUUCAAGAACACGAACAGGAACAAGACGAGGACGUUGACGUAGACGUCGACGUUGACGUUGUAGCUGAGAGCAAUGCUAUUCCGUCGCCGAACGGGACAACGCCAUCGGCCAGUCCAGAGGCGAAAUUGGUCUCACCGAUUGGACAUUGGAACGAUCGGAGUUUACAAACUGGACCACAACAAUUGCCAUCCCUUCAUCUUCACAAUCACGUACACGUUAGGAAUUAUUACGUACCGGCAAACGCCAGUAACGCUUCUGGUGUCUAAUAGAAUCUCGAAAUAUGUGUUGCGUGUGUGUGUAUAUGUGUGUGUGCGUGCGU